AUGCAAGACAAGUACAUCAUUGUCAUCACCAAGGCCCAACCCAUGGGACGGUUAAAGGGCCAUAUGAUCUACAAAGUUAUCGCUACCGAGUUCCUCCCACUCCGCGAACGACCCCUCCACGACCAAGACGAAGACAACUACCUCGCCUUGCUGAAGACCUUUAUCAAGUCCAGUCCCCUGUACUUUUCCUACUCCUUCGACCUCACAAACACCUUCCAACGCCAAUCUCAACUCGACACUGCCCAGCCGUUGUGGAAGAGGGCAGAUGAUCGUUUCUUCUGGAAUAAGUUUGUGCAGUCCGACCUCAUUGACUUUAGGACCUCGGGGUCCAAAAACCAACACGGGCAGCAGCCCGCAGUAGAUGCGUAUAUUCUACCAGUCAUGUUUGGCAUGAUGGAGAUUGUGAGUACACGGGUAAAGACAACACCGUUGACCCUGGUUCUCAUCACUCGACGAUCGCGCCUCCGGGCUGGAACCAGAUACUUCUCUCGAGGAAUCGAUGAGCAGGGAAAUGUUUCCAACUUCAACGAGACCGAGCAAAUUGUUAUACUGAACGAUAGCACAAGCGGGAUGGGUGGCUUUGCGGGAGGCGGAGGCAUGCAGAAUGGCAAGGUUGGUGGAUCCAGUGGGAAGGAAGUGCAAAUCAUGUCUUACGUGCAAACAAGAGGCAGUGUGCCUGUAUAUUGGGCAGAAGUAAACACUCUCCACUACACCCCCAAGCUUCAAAUCCGUGGGGUUGAACCUGCCGUUGCAGCGGCCAGGGCACACUUCAGUCAGCAGAUUCGACUCUACGGCGACAACUACCUAGUCAAUCUCGUAAACCAGAAGGGUCGCGAGGUGAGGGUGAAGGAAGCAUAUGAGCAGAUGGUCAAAUAUCUGGUCUCUGCGCCAGCUGAGAGUUCUCAGCAGGACCAGAUCUCCGAUGAGAAAUUCCGGAUUGUGGAGCCAAGCGGACGCCAGCAAGAAUUUGACCGCUUACAUUACGUCUACUUUGACUUCCACAAUGAGACAAAGGGGCUUAAAUGGCACCGGGCUCAGCUUCUUUUAGACAGACUUCACGAUGCUCUUGAGAAGCAACAGUACUUCCGUGGCGUAGAUAUGCCGGCAGACCUAGAAGGCAGACUUGAAGUGCGGAAUCAUCAGACGAGCAUCGUCCGUACCAACUGCAUGGACUGUCUUGACCGCACCAACGUCGUGCAAAGCAUGCUGGCCAGAUCAUCCUUAAACCGUCAACUAACAGAUGUCGGUGUUCUUGCCCGCGGCGAGACCUUCACAUCAGAUGCCUCCUUUGAAUUCUUAUUCCGCAAAGUCUGGGCGGACAAUGCUGACGUGGUUUCGAAAUCCUAUUCUGGCACUGGAGCCUUGAAGACUGAUUUUACUCGCACCGGCCAACGUACCAAAGCUGGCGCAUUGCAAGAUCUUCAGAACUCCAUCACGAGAUACGUGAGAAACAACUUUCUGGACGGGCCCAAGCAGGAUGCUUUCGAUCUAUUCUUGGGGUCCCACCUCCCCGAAACAACGUCACACAUGGUCUUUGCCGACCGGCGGCCACUGCUCAUCCAAAGCAUCCCUUAUAUCCUGGCCUUCAGUUUAUUCUUCGUCUUUGUGGGAGCAUUUACGCGGCGUCUUCCAGAUGCAGCCGUUCUGCCACUUCGGAUAUUCAUCAUAUUUUGGUUCGCCGUCGGCUGCUGGUCUUUGAACUUCAUCUACAGCAACGGCAUGUUAUACGUCAAUUGGCCCAAACUCAACCCCCGGCCCUGGGCAACAGAAGGUUACAACGAAGCGAUCAGUAACGUGCGGAAUGACAAGGUUAUCGGGACCUUGGUUGCCAGGCAUGAGAGGGGUCUCAGUACGGCGCGGUACACCAAUGCCGAGGAAGGCAAGAAAAGGAUUGAAUGA